AUGGCGGUGCGUUCGCGCGCGCGUGCGUUGCUGGAGGCGCCGCUGCGGGCGCUGGCGUCGGGCGCCGUGAGUCCCGCGCUCUGGGAGGCGGACGCCGCCCCUGCACCCGCCCACGCGCCGGCCUUCGCGCCCUCGGCCGAGGAGGCGGCGGCGCGCCCCUACAGUGAGGUGCCCGGCCCGCGCCAGCUGCCGCUGCUCGGCAACGCCUGGCGCUUCCUGCCGCUCGUCGCUUAUCUCUUCCUGGAAUGUAACUCGUUGAGGGAGCGCGCUGGUGCGGCAGGGCACUACUCCAUCGAGAAGCUGGACGAGGUGAUGUGGCAGCUGCACCGCGACUACGGGCCCGUGGUGAAGGUGGGCGGGCUGGUGGGCCACGCCGACCUGCUCUUCGUGUUCGACGGCGACGCCAUCGAGCGCGUGUUCCGCCGCGAGGAGGCGCUGCCCCACCGCCCCUCCAUGCCCUCGCUGCACCACUACAAGCAGGUGCUCCGCAAGGACUUCUUCGGGGACGUGCCGGGCGUCAUCGGCAUCCACGGGCGGCGCUGGGACGAGUUCCGCGCGCAGAUCCAGCACAUCAUGCUGCAGCCCAGCACUGCGCGUGCCUACAUCGAGCCCCUGGACGCCAUCGCCACGGAGUUCGUCGACAGAUUGCACAGGAUUAGAGACGAAAACAACGAAAUGCCCGGAGACUUCAUGGGCGAGUUGUACCGUUGGACCCUUGAAUCUCAGCCAGCAGUUUUUGUUGUCAAAACUGGCAUUCGCGCGCUGGCGGAGGACGCGGCGCCGCGCCGCAUGAUCCACGCCAUCCAGCAGUUCUUCGGCCACGUGGCGCACGUGGAGCUGCGCCUGCCCGUGUGGCGCGUGCUCAGCACGCGCGCCUGGCGCAACUACAUCGGCGCACUCGACACCUUCCGCGAGCUGUGCAUGACGCUGUGCGAGGAGGCGAUGGAGCGCGUGCGCGCAGAGGGCGCGGCGCAGCGGCCGGAGAGCGAGAUGCCCGUGGUGGAGCGCGUGCUGCGCCGCACCGGAGACCCCAAAGUGGCCGCCGUCAUGGCCUUCGACAUGCUGCUCGUCGGCAUCGACACGGUACGGCACCCACUGCCCUGCACAAGGCCAGACUGCUCCAUCGCCUCUUCCAGGUUACUUGUACCCUUGCCCUGCACAAGGCCAGGCUGUCCCAUCGCCUCUUCCAGGUUUCUUGCACCCCUGCCCUGCACGCGGCCAGGAUGUCCCAUCGCCUCUUCCAAGUUACUUGCACCCCUGCCCUGCACGCAGCCAGGCUGUCCCAUCACCUCUUCCAGGUUACUUGCACCCCUGCCCUGCACGCGUCCAGACUCUCCCAUCGCCUCUUCCAGGUUACUUGCACCCCUGCCCUGCACGCUGCCAGACUGUUCCAUCGCCUCUUUCUGGUUACUUGCACCCUUGCCCUGCACGCGGCCAGACUCUCCCAUCGCCUCUUCCAGGCUACAUGCACCCCUGCCCUGCACAAGGCAUGACUGCCCCAUCGCCUCUUCCAGGUUACUUGCACCCCUGCUCAGCACGCGGCCAGACUGCCCCAUCGCAUCUUCCAGGUUACUUGCACCCGCUGCCCUGCACGCGGCCAGACUCUCCCAUCGCCUCUUCCAGACGUCCGUUGCGGCGGCGUCGACGCUGUACCAGCUGGCGCGCAACCCGGACAAGCAGCAGCGGCUGGCGCGCGAGGUGGCGGCGGUGCUGCCCGACGCGGCCGCCCCGCUGGACGCCAACGCGCUGGCGCAGCUGCCCUACCUCAAGGCGUGCAUCAAGGAGACGCUCAGGCGAGUGCCACACCCUCCCCCUAAACCCCUCCCCUCUCUCCACGCGAGACCAUUCGCUGCAAUAGGAACGGUUGGCUUCACCACGGGCAUUAAAACCACGGGAGGAAUAUUAUUUUAUUAA